GCUUAGAAAAAGCUCCGUGUAAAAACACGGAGCUUGAAAAGGCAUCCUAGCUGAAGGGUAGCACCUCGCGAAGAAGAGGGCAUUUGCUUGCCCCCGAUUGCCCUAACUACGGAGCAGAGACCAUCUCGCGCCUUCUCUUUGCGCUUACGAGCCUCCUCACAAAGGUAUAUCUCUGGAGUAUGGGCCGGAAGGGCGGGAGUUUGUUCAUAAACCCUAAGAAGUUUGCUGCUGGUUCAAAACCAUGUAUGAAGGAAAUGCUUUCCUUCUUGAACUGCUUGAGUCUCAACCAAAUGCACGAUGAUAAGUGUGUUCACCAGAAGGAACUUCUGAGUGCCUGCAUGGAUGCUCAGAGUGGUAAACGUAAGAAGCCAUUUGGCAGCAUUAAUUAUCACCUUCAGAGGCUGAGCCGAGGCAGAAGGUAAAAGGUGUAUACUCAUUACCCUCCUUUUGAUGCGCACUUAAAGGAUGGGUUCUUGAACUUUUGUAGUAUGUUAUCCAUAGGAAAGGAUAAAAUGCUCUUCCAGUUCCAUUUUGUUGAAUGUUCAUCUUGAAACUGAGAUAAGGUCUGAUUUUCUGUUUUCGAACGAUGUCCUUACCUUGUUUUCGAGAUUGGCAAAAGAAGAGUUUGCCUCAGUGUCCAAGAUGUUCUCGAGUAUGAACAUAAAACCAUGAAGUGCAUGUUGGCCCAUUUUGAGUUGAAAAUAGUUUGAGGUACUACUAAAUAUAAAUCAAUUUUUGCUAAAUCUUCA